CCAAAAAGGUCAAAAACAACAACAAAAUGUGCAAAUAUUCAACCAGUUAAAAUUUUUAACACAUUCUAAUCAAAAUAAGCGACGCCUUACAACAAAAAAGCAAGAUAAGACAACAACAACAAAAAUCGAUAAUUAAAUAUAAACCAAUAGCAACAAAAAAUCGACAAGAAAAAAUAAACCAACAACAACAAAAAAAUAAUUAGAUCAACAAUGACAAAAAAUUAAUAAGAAAAGCAAAAAAAAAAAUAAAUCAACAAAACAACAACAACAGAAAAAACAACAACAUAAAAUAGCCAACAACAACAGCAAGAACAAAUCAACUUGAUGCAGCCAGAAAAAACCACAUUCAUCCACUGCUGCGCCAUUUGAUUGCUUGGCAUUCUGUUGCAACUAUCCAACUCGCUUGCCACAAUGCCGUCGGCUUUGCAACAUAUCAACUGAGCGCGUCAAACGGAUACCAGUUUCGCUGCUGCACGCUCUGCCGGUGAUUAAUUGCGACUGAGUUUAAAAUUAUACGAAAUACUCCGUUUGGAAGGCAGCCUUAAGCCGCUGUAGACGCCGACAGCCAUAAGCGACCAAUGAAGGUUGGAAAAUCGCGAGUUCUUCGAGAGUUUGGAAGCUGCUAAUGGAAGCUUGUGCCGUCUGGUGCUGCACUACACCAGUUACUGGGAAGUCAUAAGAGAGUGAGUCGCAGAGCAUGUGUUCCAUUUUUCAUAAUCGCAUCAACUAUCGCGGUUUGCGCAGCAAUUCGAGUGGCAGCAAUAGUAGCGGCAGCAUAAGUAAUUUGAGCAAAGAACUGGAUGCCGAUCGCAAUAAUAAUGGCGGUAGUGGUGGCGCAGGCGGCGCUGUUGUGGGCAGCAGCGAACACAAUGAGCACAACAGCGAAGAUGCGACUUGUGGGGAUGAACGCAAAGCGGACAACCGGUUGCCUUUGAAGAGCGCCAGUUCCACGCCCGACAGCGCGGUUGUCGACGAGAACGCCGAUCCGCGGUGCAAUAUGCGUGCGGCCAGCGUCGAACUGGCGGAGCAACGUAGCAGUGUGGAGCGCGAUGAGGGCGAGGACGAGUCGGAGGAGUUGGCGGGCGACAGCAAUGAGGCGUUGGACUUGUCUGUGCUGCCGAGCAAUCGACUGCCCGGUAGCGGUCAUGUGGCAUUGGAGGCUUUACAACACACCAAAGUGGCGGUGGCGCAAUUUGCCGCCUCAGCGCUGAGCGGCGCACAAAAUUACGGCGAAGCGAUGAAUGAGUUGGCGAUGGUGCAAUCGACGAUACUGAACGUGCAGCGGCAACAUUUGAUGCAACUGCAGCUAAUACAACAUCUGCAGAGUCAACUCAAGCGCGCGGGCGAUCUGACAAUGGACGCCGAGCAGCUGGAAGAGCAAACGCAAGCAGAUGAGUCUGAGCACUCGGCGCCAAAGCGAAGAUUCAUGCAAACGCCACCAGCGGAAGUAGAAGAGAAGCUAACGGAAGCUGUAACAACUAGUGUGGCAUUGAAAGCAGCAAGUGCACAUAAUAACUUAAGAGCUAAUGAGCCCUGCAGCGCUUCGCGGCCGCCAUCUACGUCAAAUGAAGAGAAUACAAAGACUGAAGAGAGAACAAAUAAGAAAACGGGGGAGCCGGCGUCAAAGCAUGCCAAAAAUGAGGAAGCUAGUAAUACGGGCAGUGCUAGUGUGGGUGCUGUUGGUCCAACGCUAACAGCUCAUAGCACCGCCAAUACCAACAAUUAUCAACCCUUGAUGUGCGAUAUUAGCUCCUCGCUCGCCUCUAGCAUUAUCACGAAUCAUGAUCCAUCGCCUGCACCGAAUGAGAUGAACUGCUUGGAGAUGCUGCAACGCCGCACCGAGGAGGUGCUUGAUUCAGCCUCACAAAGCUUGCAUGCCUCACACCUGCAAGACGAGUAUGAGUACGCACAGAAGGAUGCACAGGGUCGUGGUGAGAUAUUUAAGCACCGCUGCAAAUAUUGCGGUAAGAUCUUCGGCUCCUUCUCGGCACUGCAGAUACACUUGCGCUCACACACUGGUGAGCGACCAUUUCACUGCAACGUCUGCGGCAGCAAAUUUACAACGAAGGGCAAUCUGAAGGUCCACUAUCAACGGCAUACACAGAUAUUUCCGCCAAUGUUGCUUGCGCCUGGACCGGGUAGUGCUGUUGUUGAACAGUUUCCAACUUAUGGCGCACCAGUUGGCGGACCGCUAAUGUCAGGUGUGACACCAGUAAGAUUAUCCGCGCCAGUAGAGGACAGCAAACAGCUGAAUUGCGAAGAUUCGCCACAAAUUGCACACAAAGAAAAGCAUCAGGAACAAGCAAAGCAAGCAAUAAGCAAUCGUGUCGCAAAACCGGAAGCGCCAACUUCACCUAUUGACACGCCGCAAGACCUAAGCAAGCCGCAUCAUUCGCCUGUGUUGCACGAAAACACGUCUCCGCUAGAGCCGCCAAAGUCACCAAAAGCCUCACCGGUAUUGAAACCAAGUACAGAGACAAAGCUCGAGAAACCGGAGCGUGCAAGCAGUCAAAACCCGCCAGCAACAAAUCAGCAUUCUUCAAAGCGCAGCAGUAAUGCGCGGAAACGUAACUCACACGCCAAUGCGUCACAUGCCGGCGCCAGCGAAGCGCGUAAGCCACAUGUACACGACAAGUGCGAACGUGAGCGCGAACGCAUGUUGGACGGUGGUGAGUUUCUGCACAAAUCCGCAUCGGCCUUACGACGCUCAUCGCUGAGUCGUAACUCCAGUAAUAGUGGGCUCGAGCCGCCGCAUAUUUCAUCCGAAUACUCGCUGGCGCAGAUGGAACGCAUUAUCGACAAAUCGUGGGAGGAUCUCAUCGAGAUCGACACCACGUCGGAGACUUCGAAGCUGCAACAGCUGGUGGAUAAUAUCGAGAACAAACUGACCGAUCCGAAUCAAUGCAUCUUCUGUCACAAAGUGAUGUCCUGCCGCAGCUCAUUGCAAAUGCACAUACGCACACAUACCGGUGAGCGACCGUUUCGUUGUAAAAUUUGCGGACGUGCCUUCGCCACCAAGGGUAAUCUGAAGGCGCACAUGAGCAUACACAAAAUCAAACCGCCGAUGCGUAGCCAAUUCAAAUGUCCCGUCUGCCAUCAGAAGUUCUCGAAUGGCGUCAUACUGCAACAACACAUACGCAUACACACGAUUGACGACGGCAGCGGCGCUUUGGUUGGCCUACCGGGGGUCAAUAUAAAUGGCGGCAUGCUGGGCGCAUUUUCACUGCCAAUGGGCGCACUGCCACCGGGCACACCCAACACGGCCGAGGCGGUGGCGGAGCAUAAUGCACGCAUGAAGGCGCACAUGGAUGCCGCGAUUGAGGAUCAAAACUCGAAUAAGUCAAUGGGCACAUCGGAUAACUUUGAUUUCUCCACGACAUCCGAUUACUCCGGCCAGCGUUCGGAAUCGUCGCAAGGUGAUUUCGACGAUUUUAUGACCAUGGACAGCACCGAUGACUCACGUGAAAAUACGAGCUCCCUAACGCCCUUCGAUCGUCGUUUGGCGGACGACUACGCCGACGAGCGUAUGCAUGAGGCCGGUGAACGUGGCGAUGCCGCUGAGCUGCCCAAUCCGAUGGCUGCUAUGGCUGCUGCAGCGGCUAUGGACCUCUCGGCACGUGGUUUUCCCGCUAAUGGCGUGACGCAGAAGGCGCUCGAACAUCAUCUACCCAUGUUGGGUAUGUCACCGAAUUUUUUGUUAAUGGCAGCGGCGCGCGAGGAGAUGCAAAUGUUGGGCGCGCAUGCCAAGUUUCCGCUACUGCCUUUCGGACCGCUGGGAUUUAUGGGUCUACAUCCACAGACGCAUUUGUGUAAUGUGUGCUUCAAGAUCUUCCCCAAUUCGGCCGCAUUGGAGCGUCACACGCAUAGCGAACAUACCAAAGAUGUUGCUAAUAGCACAACAACAGCAACGACAACAACCACACCAACAGCAUUAACUCUUUCGUCAGCUACAACAACAACGACUACACAUUCGGACAACAAGAGCAACAAUACGGCGACAACAAGUGCCAACGUUGCAGCGCAUGAUUCAAGUCGUUCCGCGAAUUGCGAUGGACCAUCACCACCAACAUACAAUGCGAAGCUUUCAGUGAGCAGUAACCUCUUCCCGAAACAAAACAACAAUGAAGAAGACGAAGAACGCGUUACAAAUAACAGUACGACAACUAUAAAUAAUCAAAAUAGCAACACAACUUCUAAAAACGGUAAUUGCUUGACCAAGACAACACAAGCGACUAGCCCUAAUGAGUUGGAAACUAGCGAAGCGUCUACACUCCACGAGCGCAUUAAGCAAGAACCCGAUACAGAAACCGAAUGUGAGUCACAACAGUUGAAGACCAAUAUUUCAAGAUCCUCACCUACGCCAAGGACGACACCAUCGCCUUUGCCACCAGCGCCAACGUUACCAAUGAUAACGGGCUGCAUGCCAGCAGCCUCACCAACCAAUAGUACACUGGAACAACAAAGCGGGUCAACACAUUCGCCAUUCGAGCUCGCUGUACAUCCGCAUUUGGCCUUGCCGCACAACAAUGCCGAGCAAUCGCUCAUGCAGAUGCAAUUACUAUCCUCACUUCCGCAUGAUACCAUGCAAUCCAUGCAACUGCAUUAUGGCAACGCCCAUUACCAUCACCACUAUCAUCACCACCACCAACAACAACAACAACAUCAACAACAAUUGUCACAUAAAUCUUUGCUGCCCGCAGAUGCACAUCGUUUCCCGGCGAGCCCAUUGGACUUUCAACAGGCGCUGAUGUCGGUCGGUCCACCGAGCUUGAGUGCCGACGCUGCCGCCGCCGCGAAUCAGAAGCAUUUCUGCCAUGUGUGUCGACGAAACUUUAGUUCGAGUUCGGCGCUUCAGAUCCACAUGCGUACGCAUACGGGGGACAAGCCGUUCCAAUGCAAUGUAUGUCAGAAGGCCUUCACAACCAAAGGAAAUUUGAAGGUCCAUAUGGGCACACAUAUGUGGACAAAUCCCACAUCACGUCGUGGUAGACGCAUGUCACUUGAAUUACCCUUACAUCGCCCUGGAAGUAUGCCGAGUGAGACCGAUUUCAUGCAAAGACGUCCAGAACUAUUUUUCCCAUAUUUGCCGCCAUUUUUCAAUGGAUUACCGCCAAAGCCUGGUGAUCUAAGUCCUGGCGCAUUUCCGAAUCUAACACCACCACAUUUUCCGAACGGCGCAAAUGCUGGCAAAUAUCCACCCGGACUUUUAGGUUUGCCACCAUUUCUUGCACCACCUUAUAAUUUCCCGGGCAUGACAACGCAGUCACAUGGCGAUAAUAGUAAAUCCCCCACACCAACAAGAGAUGACAACAGACAUUUGGAGAGCCCUUCAGCGCCUUGGCAUAUGUUAGGGAAAAUUAAAACAGAGAACAAUCAAAAUGACGAAUUGUCAACAACGCCGACAAGUAGUUGUAAUCAAAUCGAUGAGAUGCACAACGAGGUGCAACAUAUAGUGGACUAAAUGUGAAGAUUUAGGCGUUCAAAUUGUUAAGACGGAAUGAUAGGCUUUCUUAUUCGUGAGCGUUAGUAGAGUUGUGGGUUGAAAAGUGAUUGAAUAAGACAAGAAAAUGGCAAAGUCUCUUUCGGAAUCGGUUCCUUCUGAUCCUCAGCUAAGUCAAACUUCACCCUUGGAUUCCAAAAAGAGAUAAUUUGACCAUAGAGCAAAAGAAUAAGUUUUAAAAAAUUUUAACAUACAACUUUAUGAAGUUCUUCAGCGAGUAAACGUGGAUCGUAUUUUACAAAAUCGCUGAUAUAUUUAAUAUCCAUCAGAAAUACUGGAUUCACCAAAGCAGAAAAAUAUUUGAGACUUGAUUUCGUAAAUGCGGGCAAUCAAAAAGGAAUGGUUGCAUUAUUGGAUUUCCUUUCAAACAGCCUCUGUACCUGGCAUCCGGUUGGAGUUUCAACCUUAGAGAUGGACGAGGAUAGGGCAAUGACCUGUUAGAACUCCCACAACUAGGCAGAGGCUAGCUUUACUAAGUGGAAAGAGUUUACUUACGAUAUUGAGCCUAAAGGAUCUUGUGACAGCACAUAAACCGAUGGUAGCCCAGUGGUAACCAAGUUCCUGCGAAGCCAAGCUAUCCAGUAGCAGAACAUAGGAAGAGGGUCGAUCACUGACCUGUUGCCUUUCUAGUAAUAGCGAAGCUCAGGUAACUAUUCUUGCCAGAUGAUCAGCUUUACAGUUACGAGCGAUUCUGUUGGUCUUCCAUCUUAUAUAAAGUGACUCCAUUCCAUGCUUAGGCAAUCUUUUGCCAGCCGUAAAGGCAGAGUGAGGGAGUUCAAGGUUAGUAUCGCCGUUCUGCUAGCAGAGUGGAUAGUCACUUCUCUAAAGGAGCCUGCAUAAUGGCAGCAGCUUCGGCUUAAAAAUUCAUAGAGAUUUCCUGACAAUACAACCUUUCAUCAAUCUUUGCUUCAAGCCAUCCGUAAAGAAAGAUUGCCUCUCCCCUCCAGCAGCUUCUACCCAUCCACGAAUCUAACGCAGUUAAGUGGCCGGUGACAAGUCGACAGAAUUCGGUUUGGCGAUUCCAUUAUCCAAAAGUUUCGGCCUAAAGUUAAAGCGUGCGAGGAUUUCCGAAUUCUAAGGCACGCGUUCCGGCGAUAUCUAUGUGCACUAUAAGCAGAAUAACAUCAGAUGCCAUGGUUGGAGUGGGAACUACUGCAGCCCACAUGCUGAUGAGCGCCGUAGAACGCUCUCUAGCCUCCUUACAAGUGUGGACUUUUCUAGGUCACGCCACCACACACAAAGACCCCAUAAUUCAUAAAAGGUGGUGUCGUAAAGCUUGAGAAGUUCUCAAGUUGAGGAUCUAAGGUAUGAGACAAUCAAUACCUCUUGUCUUUAAUGGAAGAUUUCAAUCUUGGACGAGCUUCUUCAUCGCAUUUGCAUGCUGCAGGCUGUUGCUUCUCACUCGCGGCAGUGGUGACCCCGAGGUCUUGUACGAGUAUCUCCUAGUAAUUAAGACUUAAUUGGGCCACUUUCCACCGACUAGGUAGUAAUUGAAAGCUCAGUAUAUAGUAUUGGACACAAAAACUUUUGAAAAUGUUUAUCGGAUAACGACUUUAGAGUUUUGAUGCCCUUUUUAACAAAAAUACCCUGCUUAAGCCUUUUCAACCCACUCUCAACUAAUCAUUUAUGAGGCAUUUCAAUGUCAAGCGAAAAAUGUGAAUGUAAAAUUUAUUUUUAACGAGUAGUUAAAGUGAAAACAUGGUUUUUGUGGAGUACAUAUCGUAAAAAGGUAAAAUUGCUUAAUAAUCAAUGCUAAAUUAUGAACAUAUGAAUAUUGUAAUUAAAACAAAAUUAAACAAAAAACUCAAUACUGAAAGUAAUUUGUGGCUAAAAAGUUUCAGCAUAAAAUAAGGAAAUACAAUAAGAGCUUAGAAUUUAAAGCGAGCGAAUUAGUUUUAGGUUACAGGGGCAAGGAGAAACUAAUUAAAAAAUAAUAAUUUAAUAAAGAUUAGUAUGAGACGCAUGUAUGCAUUUAAGUGGCAUUAACUUACUGUACAGUUAGCAUGUAAUAGGUAUAUAUAUAAAAGAUUAUUAUAAAAAAGAAUAAAUACUUUAGUACUUAGCACUUAAUUUAUGUAGUCAAGAUAGAAAGUGGCAAUUAUCAGCAACGAUUUGUGGCUAAGCAAAAACAUUAAUGUUUAAGUCUAAUACAUACAUACAAACAAACACACACUAUGAAUGUGAAAAACGCGUGCAAUGCAAUUUAUAAAUAGUAUGUAAUGUAAGAAAAAUCAAGUGCGAAAUAUUAAAAAAAAAUAUUUAAAAUAAAAAUAAAUUAUUAAUUUAAAUUAAUUUUUGUUUUUAUUAUUUUAAUA